UUAGUGUCAUUUAUGUCAUCGCUUGUUUGUCAAAUAUUUUGGCGUAAAAUAAAAAUGAUAAGAUAAAUCCGUAAAUAUUACAUGAAUAUUAAAAUGUUUGUAAAAAUAAAUAAUAGUAUCUGCAUUUAGUGAUUGGAAAGAAUUUGAAUAUAAUUAUAUUUUUAACAAAAUAAGUAGGUCAGUUGUAAGUUUUGCCAAUUUGGUUACCGGUUAAUUGAAUACAGUGUGAAGUGAUUAUUUCAAGUGUGUUUUUAAGUUUAUGACGAGUACUUUAAAGUGUUAAAAUGGCAGAAAACGAUUAUUUGGAUUCCUUGGAGAACAAUCAUUUAGACGGAGCUAACGGUUCCUUAAACAUGACCGAUAAUAGCAUGGGUGGGGGUGAUGAGGCCUCUGGUACUGAGGUACCAGACCUAGCUGCCAUUAAAGCCAGAGUGCAGGAGAUGGAAGAAGAGGCGGAGAAACUAAAACAAAUGCAGACUGAAGUUGAUAAACAGAUGAGCAUGGGCAGCCCACCGGGACUCACGAGUCCACUAAACAUGUCCUUGGAGGAGAAGAUAGAAGCUGAUAAUAGAUCAGUGUAUGUCGGCAAUGUGGACUAUGGAGCCACUGCUGAAGAACUGGAGCAACACUUUCAUGGCUGUGGUUCUAUUAAUAGGGUUACAAUAUUAUGUAAUAAGUUUGAUGGUCAUCCCAAAGGUUUUGCAUACAUUGAAUUUGGUGAUAAGGACAGUGUACAGACUGCGAUGGCGAUGGAUGAAUCAUUAUUUCGGGGGCGUCAGAUUAAGGUGAUGCCGAAGCGCACGAACAAGCCGGGCCUCUCGUCGACCAACCGGCCGCCGCGCGGGUCGCGCGGGCGCGGCCGCUCGUACCGCGGCUACUCGCCGUACUUCGGCGGCGGGCGGGCCGCGAUGCGCCGCGGCAGAGGGAUGAGGCGCGGCUCGUACUACUCACCCUACUGAGUGUGGUAGAGGGGCGAACGGCCCCCCUACAGGAAGUGUAGUUUAAGUUAAAAUGGACUACGUCCUUUAAGGCUCAUUGGUGAUUUUUUUACAAGUGACGAAGUGCAGUGGCUAAACAAUUAAAUUCUAAGAUACAAUUUUGAAAUUACACAAACCGUUUUACAGUGUUAUGUAGUGGGAUAUGAUAAAUUAAUUGUAAAUUCAAUAAUUAUACAUUGUAAUUGGUGACAACAAGCGUCUAUGUAAUACUUGAUUAUUUUAGCAAAGACAGCGCUGAUUAUAUCAAUAAGUGUUUUAAAAUUGAACGCCUUUGCUCUACUUUAAAUGCUAUGUUCGUAAUUUUUAUUUAUCAUUUUAUUUAACACUAACGUGUAUUUUUUUUUUUGCUUUAUGAUAGCAUAAAAAACGAAGUUUUAAGGACCCAACCCUAUGGGUAGUUCAUGAAAUAGCGUCCUUUUUGUAAAAAUACAGCGGAUGCAAUAAUAGUGAAAUAAGUGUGUUUAACGUAUUGAGACUUUGUAAAUGAACUAAUUGUUAGUAGGUAGGUUAAUGAUAAUUGAUUUUUAAUUUUGUUUGUAAUUGAUUUUAAUGAUUGAAUGGGAAAUUAGGAUACAUUUCCUUGAAGUAUAAUAAACCAUGGAAAUUGUAAUGCACUAUUUUUCCUAUCUCAUUAUCGAAGUUGUGACAUCUUUAAUAGGUACGUCAUGUAAUUAUUAAUUAUACACAGGUUCAUUAAUAAGUGUAAUUUUAAAAAUAAGAAUAUGAGCAAUUUAGUCGAGUAGUAAAAAUUGGAGGGAAUAUCCAAUUAAAGUGAAACUUUUAUUACAUCGUCUCAAACUUUUUGGUCUGUGUAGCGCAUGUCGUGUGACGGUCGGCUGCCGAGUAGGUAUAGAGUGUUCGGAACCGUACGAUAAUUAUCGUGUCUAUGGUGUGAAAAAAAGUUUCACUUUUACCGUGGUUUCAUAAAACCACACAACAUUUUUCACAACCCAACCACAAAACAGUAACGGCUUUGUCAGAUAGAAGCGUACCUACUUAGCGCGCGUAUCAGACGUUGACGCUCUAUUUGACGAUAUUUUACCGCUCAACACACACACAUGGCGUCAUAGUGCGACGUCAGUUCGUUCUAUCUGGCAAAGUCCUAAAUAAAAAUCUGAUCCCCACCUUAUUAAGUGUAAGCGACACAGUAUUUUUAAUGUAUUAUGUAUAAAUACAGUUGAAGAAACAACCAGAAUAUCCCAAAAAAAUAUUUGUACAAUAAUAAUUACAAAUUCAUCGCAAACAUGGCAUGUUAUUGCCAUUUGCCAUAAAUAUAUAAAAUGUUGGCUUCAAUUUAGUUUCUAAUAAUUUUGUAUAACUUGAAUUGUUGGAUAUCUUCUAUAGCUAUAUGUAACUUGAAUCAUUAAAUACUGAAUAUUUGUGAUUUCUAUUGUUGUAAUGAAUCAAAUAAUUCAACAUAAGAAGUGUAACUGAGAUAGAUUUUAAUGAUCCAAGUUAUCUUUCAUGUAAAAUCUGCAGUUGAUACUGAUUCGAAGGCGAUUUACCAACAAAACAACAAGAGUAUUUUUAAACAACUAAAAAGUCUUAUUUUUGUCAUUAUUCUGAAAAAUAUAGAUCAGAAAAAAGCUUAAUGUAUUUUCGUCCCUGGAAAUAUUAAUUUAUUUAUUCUUGAUUCAUUUUUAUCAUCAUGCUUUAUAUUUUUUAUAAGUAUAUUCAAUCCUAAAAACUUGAAAAAAUAUUUUAAAAAAUGUAUAUUUCUGUCUUUAAAAAAUGCUGUGUAAAUAAUGAACUAUGUCACGGUAAUGUACACGUAAUUUCCUGUUUGAUUGAAAAAAAAAAAUGCCAAUACAAAAAUUUAAAAUUCAUACCUAUGGGAUAAAUGGGAAAAAAGAGUGUUGAAUAAGAAUAAUUUUA